AUGGGGAAGGACGCGAAGGCAGGAGGAAAAGGGAAGGGAAAGCAAGCGGCGGGUGGCAGCGACGAGGCUGGCUCUAAGGGAAAGGGAAAAUCUGGGAAGUCUUCUGAUGGGCUGGGCACUUGCACUUACGUGAAAGCAAGGCACGUCCUUUGUGAAAAGCAAGGCAAAAUCAACGAAGCCUACAAGAAGUUGCAGGAUGGUUGGCUUGAAAAUGGCGACAAAGUGCCUCCUGCUGAGUUCGCGAAGGUAGCAGCCGAGUACUCGGAGUGCCCAUCUGGGAAGAAAGGUGGCGAUCUUGGGUGGUUCCCUCGUGGCAAGAUGGCAGGCCCUUUUCAAGAGGUGGCUUUUGCUACCCCAAUUGGUGCUACCAGUGCGCCUUUCAAAUCCACGCAUGGCUACCAUAUUAUCUUGUGCGAAGGCAGAAAGAAUUAA